UGCGCGGCUGCAACACAGGACGUAAACAAGUAGCGCGAGUUCCGCUGUCCGCGUGCAUCCGCCAAAGAGCGCGAGUCGGCGAGAAUCAAAGUUUAACGGCUGGAAGAGCGCGAGAAAGAUCGAUCACACCUGAUCAGCUUCUGUCACAAACUGACCUGCAGCAUCGAGCCAUUGCCUCCUCCUGCUGCUCCUCCCAUCAUGACACCUCCAUCAUCCCGUGAGAAGAAGAGGAGGCGCGCAGAGGGCGAGGAGUCUCCUGCUCCCAUCGACAUCGACACUCCUGAGAGAGGAGAGAAGGAGGAGGAGGAACUGUUCAGUCCUCCCGCUGAAGAGGAACGGGUGAGCAGGAAGGAGAAGAAGAAAAAGAAGAGACGAGAGGAGGAGGAGGUGUUCAGCUCGCCUGCUGAAGAUGGACAGGUGAAUGGGGAGGAGGAGGAAACCAGCGAGGGGAAGAAGAAGAAGAAGAAAAAGAAAAAUAAGAGAAGAGCGGAGGAAGAGGAGGUGUUCAGUUCUGCUUUUUCUUCUGCUGAAGAUGCACAUGUGAAUGGGGAGAAGGAGGAGAAAGAGCAGAGGGGGGACAAACAGGAGGAAACCAGCGAGGCAGAGAAGAAGAAAGAGGAGGAACUGGGUGAACAGCUGAGCAGGAAGGAGAAGAAGAAAAAGAGAAAAAAGAGGAGAGAAGAGGAGGAGGAAGAACUGUUGGCUCCUCCCUCGCCUCCUACUGGGGAUGAAAAGGUGAGCAGGGAGAAGAAAAGGAAGAAAAAACAGGAGGACGAAGAGCCAGAGAAGAGAGAGGAGGAGAAGGAGGUGUUCUGUUCUCCUGCUGAAGAUGGACAGGUGAGCAGAAAAGAGGAGAAGAGCAGCAAGGGAGGAAAGAAGAAAAAGAAAGAGGAAGUGACAUCACAGGAAAGGGAGCCUUACAGCGAGACUAAACAAAAGAAGAAGAAGGUGCGCAUGGCGAGCGUAACCACAGCAACAGCAAAUGCACAUGUGUCGGUUCAAACAGUCAAGAACAGGUUGAAGGAGGAGAGGAAAAGUGAAAGUGUGCAGGAAGUGACAUCAUGUAAUGGAGAGAAGGCAACGAAGAAUGUAAAUCCUGCGAAGAGGCAGAGAGGCGCAGCGGGGGGUCGCGGGGAGGAGGAGAAGAAGAAGAGGAGAACGGAGGCGGCAGCUGAUCCUGAAGAGUUUGACCACAAGUUGUUGGAGGACCUUCAGGAAUUUGUUCCUCAUGUGAAGAAGAAAUCUGCCGAUCAGAUCAACAAGCUGCUGCGGUACGACUUGGCACGCUUUAAGGCCUUCAAAAAGAAAGGUGUGUCUCUGCGGUGGGGGCGGUACUCUCAGCACGAGAACCAGCAAAUCGAACAGAACGUGGCCGACUUCUUGGCUCUGACAGGAAUCAGCUCAGCGGAGCAGCUUCUGUUUCCUCACAGGUUCAAAGAGCAGGAGCUGGAGAUCAGGAGGCUGAAAGCACAGCAUCACUUCCUGGAGAACAUCGCUGAGGGGAUUCCUCGGACAUGUGAUCAGGUUUACGUCAGAGCCAAGAAGAUUUUUGAUGAAAGGAAUAACAUGGGAAGGUUUUCUGAGGAUGAGCUAUGCUCUCUCACAAAGUUGCAGAAGCUCCACGGCAACGACUGGAAGAGAAUCUCAGAGAAGAUGGACCGCAGCAUCUACUCGCUGGAGAAACGCUUUAACACCAUCGCUCAGGGUCGCGGUACCUGGACUGCAGAGGAAGAGUUCCGCCUUUGGCAGGCUGUCAGGGCUCACCUGGAGACGCUGGUCCAGCAGAGCCCUGCAGGUCUGAGUAGAAACCAGCUGUGCAACAACCUGCCCUGGAAGAGGAUCAGCGAGCAGGUGGAGACCCGGUCCUGGAUCCAGUGUCGUCUCAAGUGGUUCUCCCUGCUGAAGUCUAAGCUGUCCUCAAAGGGAAGAGUGUUCAACCGAGGCGCCGAGGGGUACGCCGCAAAAAUCCAGCUCAUCAACACGCUCUAUAACAUGCAUGUGGACGACGCAGCGGACAUCGACUGGGACGAGGUGGCUGGAAUCAUCGGGACUGCGACGCCGAUGUGUGUUCAGAAGAUGUUUUACAGGUUGAAGGUUUCCAGAGUUCCAAACUGGACGAGUUUAUCGUACGCAGAGAUCAUCGACUUCCUGCAGAGCAGAGCCGUCCCUGUCCUGGAGGAGAGACUGAAGAAGUGUGAGCCCAAGGAGGAGCAGGAGGAGGAGGAGGAGAAGGAGAGACUUUAUCAGCUCUCUGACAUCUUCUCAGAGCUCAGUGACGACGUGGAGCUGGACAACAGCUGACCUGCAGCCAAUCAACAUGCGGUGUCCCCGUGGACAGACUUUAUAAAAACACUUUGAAAUCGGGACAGGGAGUGGGUUAAAAAAAGACUUUUAUUUUGAAGGUGCCGAUGCUUCGUAACAUUAAAUAAAAUUGUUUUGGUA